AUGCGGCUGAACAAGGCGUUUCCGACACCAAGAUUAGGCACUUGGGUAGAUGGAAAACUGACGCUUUCAAAAAGUAUAUUAGAAUAACAUCUCUAGAAUCUGUUUCUUAAUUGAAUGUGUCAGAGGUUGUGAUGUUGUUGCUUGCAGGGGCGGCACAACUUUGGAACCGCACUAUUGAUUUGAUCUGAACAGAUUUUGCAGGAUGCAAUUUUUGUAAUAUUUAAUAUUAUGUAAUACCUUUACCCAGAAUGAAAUUUGUGCUUGGGUGGGGCGUGCCCUUGCUUUGCAAGGUCUUUGGCGGUUGAUUGCCCUCACCUUUGCUGGCAAUACAUGUUUAAUGAAAGUUUGAGUUUGUAUUUGUAUUGAAUUUUCAGACUUUAACAAACCGGCUAUGUUCAAAAUUUCACACAGCCAUUUUUCUCCAUCAUGUUGUUUGUAUUGCCUUUUCGAACAGAGCACAGCAUAUAUUUCAUUCUGAUUAAGGUUUGCCAUUUUGUGGGUAGAUUGAAGCAUAAAUGUAUUAUUUGUCUUCAAAUAAAAUUUUAUGCAACGAUUUGGCUUUUAUGGUAGUUUAUGAAUACAGUAAUGUGGAAAAAGGAAAGAUUUUUUGUGUGUCAACGAGAUCAAGAACGCGACAUCCAUUAUACGACGAUCAAUAAAUACGACAUUACCUAAAGACGCAAUCUUGAAUUCAAAAUUCAAAUCAGUACCCUCGAUUCCAUGUUCCUAGCCUCUUUCCACAUUACAGUACUCAUAAACUAAGUAAGGCUAAAUUGUCGCAUAAAAUUUUUUUGGAAGACAAAUAAUGCAUUUAAAGAAUUCUUAUAAAAUAAAUGGUAUCUACAUACGGGCAAGUGUCGCGGCCGCCCCCUUCUGAAUUUUCGCCCCUGUUAAUUAAGACAGUGAGACUAAAUUGAAUGAAAAAUGAAAAUGAAAAUGAAAAUCAUAAUAAUAAUAAUAAUAAUAAUAAUAAUAAUAAUAAUAAUAAUAAUAAUAAUAAUAAUAAUAAUAAUAAUAAUAAUGAUAACUAAAUAUAUGUAUUUCCAUUGAAAGUUGAGACCCAAACAAUCCUUUAAAGUUAGGCUAACUAUAUUUAUUUUGUCUUUUUUCAAGCUCUCUCCUCUCACCAGUCACCCCUCUUCAAACAGGUUUUGAAUUAAUCUGGGCCAGAGGCUAAGCCCGCUUUUCGCCUUUUUAAAGUAAGUUUUGUUUGAUGUGUGUUUGUUAUCAGAGUCAGUUGAUCUGGAAGAGAUCUAAAGCAGUGAAGAUAAGUUGAAGAAAACAGCAAACAUAAAAAAAAACCCGGCUUACUUCCCGGCCAGAUAAUAUAUCAGCGUAGCGGCAUAUCUAGUGUCUAUUCUCUUCGACACAGGCAAAUUGAAACGACAGACUAUACAGUCUUUUCUUCCCAACCAAAAGUUGGAGGUGACAUUCGAUCGAGCCACAUAACUGCCCACUCUGUUUAUCUUCUCUUUGACGAUCCAAAGAUGUCACAACUGAUAUUUAUAUUUUUAAUAUUUUAAAUUCUUAUUUUUCAUUUAUUUGUCUUGUUUUUUAUCUAUCUUAUAUAUUUAUCUUAUACAUUUAUUUAUUUAUUAUUUAUUUAUUAUUAUUAUUUUCCGCCAUCCGCCAUCCGCCGUCCGUUUCCUCACUUUACAGACUCCCUACAUGAAGUGGUUGUGUGAAUAGAUAAAAUAAGUAAAACUCUUAAAUUCCUUUAUCCAUUUUUUUAAUCUCCGUUUUCCCGUCCCUCUGUUAGGUCGUUCGUCAUUCCCAGCCCCCCUUUAAACAACAACCAACUGUAGAAAAAAGUAGUCGAUUUCGAACCUGAUGUCCUGUUUAUAAAAAAAAAUCCUCUAAGAGCCUCUUAAUUUAAAAUAUUACCAACUGCCACUAACAAUUCGUUACCAAAGCCUCCUUUCACAUGAAAACAGGUACGUUGCUUAGAAACUAUUCGGUUAAAAAAAGAACGUGUUUUUGGCAGAAACCAGUUAUACUGGAACUUUCAUCUAACCACCUCCUUUCACUUUCAUGACACGUAUGGCAUCAAGAGAUGAAUUUUUAAAAUUCAUUUCUUAUCCCUUUAGUACUAAGUCACGAAGUUUUUUUAUUACAAAAAGCUCUCACGACAUCCGUAAAGAAGAAAGCCUUAGUUAUUAAAAACCUCAGGUAACUCCAAUGCGUUAUAUUUCUUAUAAAUGGCCCUCUUGCAUUGUAAUAUGGGUACAGUGCAUGAAGUGAUUUGAUUAUAAGGUAUCAUUAGAGACCGUAAGGUUAAAAAGGGUUUCUGUACCUGCAGACGGCGGCGGGAAGGAGGAGCCUCAUGGGCUGUUGAUUCACAGCCCAUUCGGGCUCAAGGAAUAAUUGUUAAGUACAAGGUUGUCUAAACUACGCGUACAUAAGAAAAAAAAAAGAAAAAAAAUAGAAUGGAGAAGGGCACAUUAUUGUAAAACUAAUUACGGCCCUUCAACAAGAUUGACUUUAUUCUAUUAUAGCUUUGUUAUUCAUUAAAACAUCAAGUAUAAUUGGUUUCUGCCAAAAACACAUUCUUUUUUAGGGGUUACGAAUGGUCCUCUAAAAUUUUUAACUGCUCGCUAAAUUUUAACUUUGUUCGAUUUGCUCGCAAAAUUUAAACGAGUGCUCGUUUGCUCGUGCUCCCCAAAUUUUUGCAAUUGCUUGCAUGCUCGCUUUCUUGUCAGUAUUGCUCGAGAUUUUGUGGAUCCUUCUUUGGAUCAAAGUAAAUGUAAUUCUGUAUGGUGCUUAAUUAAUUCCUAUAAAUAUGGCUAUCAAGUGCAGUGGAAAUGCACGCAAUAAAUGACAACGGUAAAUAAUAAAUAAGCUAAUCUAGCUAUAUAUGGUUAAAAAGAGAAGGUAUUGUUACCUUGAGUUCUUCUGAGUUUCUAUACCGCUCUACUCACUGGGCUUUAAUUAGGCCGUGUUUUCAAUAAAAACGGUUUGGAAGCCUUAAGAUUCUUCCAAAAGAGGUUGUCCUGACACGAGGAUCUUGUUCCUCUUCAAAUUCUUCUUCAUCCACGUCAGUCAUGUCCCCUUCCUCAACGCCCCUUCAGGUCUGUGAACUACACUUCCCAAACGGUUCCAAUCACAAGAUGUUUCUCUACCUAAGCGGUGAACUCGUAAUUGAAUAUUAGACAAUCUUCGGGAUCGCUUGCGUACCGGUGUGUUUUUACUUUAGGCGAAGAUCUCUUAAGGUUUUGUGCAAGCUUUCCUAAAAUAAAGGGUCCAGUGAUCUCUUUGAACUUAGCGAUGAGUAUCACAUCGUUUUUUUAAAAUAUUUUCUGUUUUAUUUUAAAGAAAAGGAUUUCCAUAUAGAUUGCUGCAAGUGGAAAAUAUAAGACGUGCUCGCUGCUCGCGAGUUGUACUCUCUGAACUGCUCGCUGCUCGCAAAGCAAAUGUUUUAUCUCUGCUCGUGCUCGCAAGAAAAAUCGCAGUGCUCGCAUGCGCGCGAAUGCUCGCAAAGACCAUUCGUCACCCCUUUUUUUUGAUAUAUGUCCAUGAUCGAUCUUGUUAGCAAUCGCAAAAGUAACAAGGACUUUUGUUGCUAGCUAAAAACACCCGUGACAAAUAUCGCAAAAAUAACAAAUGUAACAAAAUUCCAGACUUAGAUAAAGAAGAAGCCAAGAAGGGCCCCGAAAUGUCCACAAAUAUCGCAAAAAUCGCAAAAGUAACAAGGAUUUUUCUUAAUUUGCCCUCUUCUGUGAGCGACACUCCUUGCUAUGUAUUGUAGCUGUAUGUUGAUAGAAGAACGAAGCAUACAAAGAUUGAUAUUACAGUAUUUUGCUACUGUCAGUAAUUAUAAAUAGUGUCACGUUUGUAACUGAUGAUUUCAUUUCCGCGAAAAUGGAACGCAUUACAAAGUUACUGGACAAGAACGUAUCCCAGUUAAGAUAACCAUUAGUAUUAGGGAAAAACGUUAACAGUGAUGCACGGGUGUUCUGGGCCCCUUUCUUGCCCUUCAACAAUUCUUGCCUAUUCUUGUUACUCUAGCGCAAUUUGUGGCAUUUUGCCAUAUUUGUUACUAAAUCUUCUCACAUAGCAGUAAAAUUCUUGUUACUUUUGGCAAUCCCUGUUUAAAAAACUAUGGGUAUUGCACCGCAACAUUCAUGUAUAAUGCGCGGACCUUAUGACCCGUUAUCUUUCCCCCCAACUGGGUUCUUGGCCAUGAAAAGUGCUUUUCACAUAGCAAGAAAAAUUCUUCUUACUUUUGUGAUUUUUGCGCCAUUUGCUAUUUCUUCUAUACUUUUCUGAUAGCAGUUUUUCUUUAAAUCUUUUUUGCUAAAAUUGCGAAAACAAUUUGCUAGCAAAUUUUUGCUAACAAGAUCGAUCCUGGACAUAAUUGUUUUUUUUAACCGAAUAGUUUCUGAGCAACGUACCUGUUUUCACUUGAAAGGCGGUUUUGGUAACGAAUUGUUAGUGGCAAUUUAAAUGGUAAUAUUUUAUAUUAAAUCCAUCUUUCUGCAUGACAUACUUGUGAAGGGAGGUGGUUAGAUGAAAGUUCCAGUAUAAUUGGUUUCUGCCAAGAACACGUUCUUUUUUAAACCGAAUAGUUUCUGAGCAACGUACUUGUUUUCACGUGAAAGGAGGUUUUGGUAACGAAUUGUUAGUGGCAAUUUAAAUGGUAAUACUUUAAAUUCAUCUUUCUGACAUACAGUACUUCGAAGUACUUGUUUUGCUCCUUUUUACUAAGGGGAAAUGUCCUGUCUACUACAAGUUCAUUUUUUAGGUUGCGCAAGCAAAUAGACAACUUAUGUUAUCAAAGAUGUUGGUAAUCAAAUAAUCAAAACCGAAUUAAAUUAUUUUUCCCAUUAUGAGAAUGAAAGAUUAGAUAGUUGAACGAAAAUUGGUUUUUGCAACACUUUUGAUUCUUCUUUUUAAAUUUACUUUGUUUUUGAAGUCCAGAGUGUUUCUGAUCAAAAUUCUUUUACAAAUGUCAUUAGAUUUGUUAGUACUGAAAUAAUGAUAACGGAAUUCAAUUUCAUCUUUUUAAUGCUUCUCCCAUUAAAAUAGUAAAGUAGUGCAUUAAAUUAGAUUCUGUUCUUUUUUCAUUAACAAUAUUCUUGAAGUCUGAGGGUUUCUUAGCAAAAUUGUUUUGUACAUGCUACUAGAUUUGUUAGUAAUGAAUUAACCAUAAAGGAAUUCACAUAAAUGUAGGUGAGAAAACAGGAAGUGCUUGUCAUAAGCUUGUGUCUCCUCCUUGCUCUAGCUCAUCCACAUUGGGUAAGUGAAACGGUUUACUAUCCGGUUAAGGUGUAUACGUUGUUUUAGUUAAAUUCUCAACUCUAAAACUAAAUGGCCCAGCUUGUUUUUACUUAACAUAAUGUUACAGUUUUUUUCUGAGGUAGGAAAAAAGGAAAUAGAAAUUUGGGGUCCGUGUUGUUUUCGUCCAUUUGAUUUUCAUUCAAUAUUGAAAAUUGAAAAUCAAAACUUCGCGAUCGUGAUUUUCAAUGUUUGAUCCUCAAAAAGUGAAAAUCAAAAACUUAAAAUCUCAAUUUUCAAUGUUUGUUACUAAGAAAGGUAAAAUUGAACAUCAUACUUCAAUAUUUUGAAAAUCAAAAACUAAAAAUUGAAAAUGGCCAGUUAGUGGUUUUAACUUUUUGUUUUCAAUUUCCUCCUCCCAAGAUUCAAGCUAUUAAAAAUUCAAACUUAACAAAGCAAUUCAUGUGUAGCAAAUUCUGCAAGAGACAGUGUUACUGCUGGUGAAAUCCAAAAUAAAAAUCGUUUUUUGAUUUUCGUAUUUAUGAACAACAAAAUUGCCAACCGACCAAAAAUACCUGUUAUGGAAGGGGAGGGUAAAACCGGAAGUGCGCGACUGCAAAGAAGGCGGCGGUCGUCUUGAAGAGAACGAGGGUUCCGUGUCUUCGUCGCGCUUUCUUUAGAGGAAAUGUUAACUCAACGCAAUCUAAGACCUGCCUGUAUCAUGGCCGAGACGUUUUCAAAGAAAUGAGCUGAAUGUUUUUUCACUGGUAGUACGCUUUUGUUGUAACCUUGCAGCUUUACGCUACGCAGGGUAGAGCGUUUUAGAUGAGGGACUGCGGACUGCGAACUGCGGACAACGGACUGCAGACUGGGUGUACAUAAAACACGGACCAGAUAUAUAAUGCGAACUACGUGCCAUGUUUUGGUCUAAUAAUAUUGUCACUCGACCGUAACCGUGUAUAAAACUCCUUUAAUGUUGUUGUUAAAGUGAAGACUAUGUUGGCUCUAACAAGAAAAUCUUUUAGAGAUCUUUUCCUUGGAAUCAGCAACAUUGGCGCGAGUGUUUUUUGCCUGUAAUAAGGUGCUAGUGUCUUCUUAGAAUCUUUUUGAGAAUCGGAGUUGCAAGAUUGAAAGUCGUUACAAACGGCAAAAUACGCUUUUUUGAUGUUUUGGGUUUGCUAGCAGAGGUCUCUCACGACGACGUGAGAGACCUCUGCUAGCAGGGAAGAUUCGAAGCGGACUUCGGUUAGGAUUGUUUCCACAAGAUCCCGGAGGUAGCCUCGUUCUGUAAGGCGAGUUACGAAUUCUUUCUUCUUUAACUCCAAUUAUUCCAUAACCGAGUUUGUUCUAAAUAAGCGCAAGGCUUCUGUUACCGCCAAAUAUUUUCUGGUUUUUCGUAUUUCCCAGGUAUUUCCUAUCGAACCCUUUGUAGUUUCGUUUGCGUUAUUAUCUUAUAGUAUUUGUGGUUUUUGCCGCGGAUAUACCUGCGUACGUACGAUUUACAAACAAAGAAAUCUAUUAUCCUUUGUAUUAGUUAGCAUUGUCGAACGUGCUCAAGAAACUUUUUCAGUUCUAGUCAACGUGUCAUCGUGUUAAGAUCCUGAAAGUAAGGCUCAACAUCAACGCUGUGAAAUCCCUAAAGCGGACACAGAAGUAAGUCUUUUCUCUUUCUGCAUGAGAUGUUACGUUUUAUAAAGCCUUUUUGCAUCGUAUUAAUGAAAUCCAAAGUUUGUUUUCGUAGUUUUAAGGUAGUUUCUAGUUAAUCUAACUAUAGUUUUCGCUGUAUUUAUUUCUUAGUUUUCGAAAGCGCUUUGUACAUCGUUUUCUUCGUCUAUAUCUCCUAAUCAUCGCUUCGCUUCACAUCGCCUCUUUUCAACAUUGUUAACGUCUCAUCGCUUCGCUUCAAUAAACUUUGUUUACAUCCUUAUCGUCGUGAGCAUCAUUAUUGUAGCGAAACUUCUUAAAGCGCGUCAAGAAUUUUCUGUCUAAACGUGGGAUUAUUAAAACGAUCAUCCUGUGAGUAACGUUUCGAGCUCACAGCUUCUCCAUAUGGAAAGCCCUUCUUAACGCUGAGAGGGUAAAAUGAGGAGAAAUGCGUAUUUUGAAACGUGUCUGUCGGCUUAAGAGGUCUCAAAAUGUGUUUGAAUGAAUCUCGGUCCUUUAAAAACUUCAGUGUCAAGGAAAACAAUCUGUUUUGAUGACAGCUCGAGUGUAAAAUUUAUUGUUGUGCGGAAAGCUGAAUUCGUGAAAUCAUUAAAGUUGUUGAUUUCGGUUUCAGGAAGAGUCCACACUGGGAAUAUGCCUAAAUCUCUUCCAGAGAAAUGGUUUGUAAGGGCUCGCAUGUAGUAGUUGUUUAUCAAAGUGAGCCACGAAAAUGACCGAGAAAGCAUGAAUUUGAAUUAGUUUUCUCUUAAGAUAAGUCACAUUAAGUCCUCCAAAUAUAUAUGAAGUAGGUAAAUUUGACUCAUAAUGCUCUUCGUAAUGGCGACAAACGAUUUCGAUUUCCUCAUCUUGGAGAGUGUUAGUGCAGAGAGAACACAUGUCCAACGUAGCUCACCUGGAAGUGGCGUGUUUUCAAUGAAAGUGUUACACUUUCAUUGAAAACUGACCUAUUUCCCUUGGGAAAUUUUUUGGAAUUUUGACUCCCUAAAGUCCCUUUUCCUGGGUUUCUGAGUAAUUCAGACUAGAUAUUCACUGACUGUCCAAGCCAUUUUCCAGAUCUAUCUUAAAAAGUUUUUUUUUAAAAUCAAAAAUAUAUUUAUUAUACGAAGAAUCUGACCGAUUUCCGUAAAACGGUCGAAACCGGUGUAGAUCCGCGCCUGGUGUAUAAAGUGUGUAGUGUCGUUGAUGUAAAACUCUUGUUUUUGCGCGAUUGGUCUUUUAAAAGCGAGUGCUAGUGCGAUCUGUGGCGGCCACCGCUACCAGAGACGAUUGGUCUGAUCUGCCGACAGGAAGAGUUUUAUGUAUUUUGGUCAUCGUGAAAAACUAUGGUAUUCUUGGUGGCUUUGGCUAAACUGAGCCACUUCUAAUUCAUUUGUCAUUUCAUUAUAAUUGUUAUGACUUUUGUGGCUGUUUCGGAUACAAUCGGUUCAUCUUAGAUUCUAAAACCGGUCUUGCUAUUUAAACAGGUCUUGUCAAGACGCUAUGAGGGUAGGCUUGAAUUUUCUUAUGAGAAAUGCCUCGUAUAGGCGUAGAUUUGGGGGUCGUUUUCACUCUUAAUAAUCUUGACUUCGAUGCCUUUAUAGUCAUUGUUCUGGGAGGCGAUAGAAUAGAUAUUCCCGCGCGGAAUGUAGCGUAUUUGUUUAAGCAGUUUAAGUUUGAGGCCUCAUUUGAACAUUUUAAUUUUUUAAUUACUGCAUCAUGCUGCUGAAGGACAACCUGAACAGAUUAUCAUUUUAGAGUGUUUUGAGGUAAUGUAUUGGUUGUUCUUUUCCCUCUGUAAAAAUCCUUGCCUCUUUUGGUUUGCAUGUGACGUAAUCAAAAUUUUAAACUAAGAAUCAUGAUCAAUCCUUGGGGGCCUGUUAAGGCCCAGUUCAGACGUCGUGCUUCUGCCGUGCCGAACUAAAUUCACGAAUUAAGUUCGACAAAAGCACGGCGUCUGAAUCAAACUUUUGAAUUAAGUUCGGCAAGUAAUUAAGUUCGACAAGCGCUGCCGUGCUACACGGCUCUGGCACGGCAGCGAUUCAAACGUCGUGCUUCUGCCGCGCUAAACAAAAUUCAUAAAUUAUAUCGAUGUAUUUUGGCGAGAUUGCGUUCCCACGGGGAGUUGGGACAAGAAUUGUUACGAGGCAUCAGUAAAUCCUGAAUUUGGUUCGACUCUGGCACGACGUCUGAAUCAAAGUUGUUUUGCUGCUGUGCUAUAGUCGAACCAAAUUACAAUUAAGUUCGGCACGGCAGAAGCACGACGUCUGAACUGGGCCUAAGUAUCAUAAGAGCAUAUGAUCACUUAACUUUUUUGAAGUUUUCAUUCUGAUGGCACAGUUUGUUUUGUGAAUAGAGCACUUUUGAAUGUUAAAACCUUUGGGUCACACUAGACUAAAAUGGCGGCCAAGAAGCUAAACUCUUGAAUACAUGUAUUAAUUCUUGCUUUCAUAGCAAAGCCCAUUAUGACACGUUGGUCCCCCUCGGAUUGACCCCAACAUGGUCUCUUCCGUAAAAAGCUCUAUAAAUUUGGGUAAAAAGUUUCUCCGGCAAAUAUGCUUCAAAUAUCUAUCUCGCGUAUGAAAGAGCCGCACAGACCUGAAUCUAUGCCAGACGCAUGCAUAUGUGAUCUUCUUUUUAUCUCUCAGAUUCCUAAAUAUCUGUGCUGUAUGGUUUUGGUUUUUGUUUUUAAAGGCGUUUUGUAAAAAUCGGAAACUGAAAAAAGCCUGGUGAAGCUAUUUUUAAAUAUAACAAAAAGACUUAAACGCCAGAGCCUGAAGGUUAAUAGGGAAAAUAAUCAAGGUGCAUGCACUUGAGAUACAAACCGUUGUCGCAAAUUGUUUCUUGAAACUGCCGCUAUAACGAUCACGUCACACGAUGCAAAAUUGCCAACUACAGAAUCAUCUUUAAUAAUUAACAAAGAACUGCGAGCGUGGCAUUUCAAACUUAUCAAUGCUAUUAUGCAGAGGGGUGCUAAGAUUAUUCAUAUGGCCAUAGUCUAGGAAGUUCCCUUUUAAGGUACAUAUAUCACCAUACUAAACUUUUUUAUGCUAUGGUGGCUAAGGGUGAUGCUUAUCUACCCUUGCAGUGCACAACAACUUUAUGGCCUUUUUCCAGUUAAAUCACAGAAGUUAAAACCUCUCAGAGUUAUUAUUGAUUACAAAGGAGCGUACUUCUUUUAGUUUCAGGUUUUUAAAUCUUUCUGUCGUCAAAGAAGACUGGAAGAUGAAUUUGCUUUUUAUCGUGGUUCUUAAUAUCCUGGCUGUGGGUUAUGCUACGCCGGACCAUGAAGAAGGAUUGGAAGUUGAGGAUCCUGCAAUCCGAGGAUGGCGUAAAGGUGAUCACACAAAAGGGGUCCAAAGGCUACUCCUACAAGGAAACUUUGAAGUUUAAGCGUUCUGAAACUGAAAGAAACGCAACUAAAACUAAUAUUCGUUGGUAGAUAGUUACAACUAACAGUGACGGAAAAAUUUUUAGCUGGUCUUUAGCUCAAAAUUUGGCAUCUCGGCCCAACAUCACAGUUCUUUGGCGACACUUAGCUGGAGUUUUUAACGACACAGGUCUUGAUGAAACGAGCCAAUUGACCAGGAAAAGAAAAAAAUGGACAAGAGACAGUUUUAUGAAAAUGUAAUCACAGAAGUUUGCCAAAAUGUUUCAGAAUAAUAAAUGAGGGUCUCAAUGGUGUUAACCGUCAGACGUCAAACGGCCUAAAAUUUAACCGUCAACCGUCAGAAAAGGUUAAUUUUUUACCUUCAACCGUCAAAAAUACAGAGUAAAACAAACCGUCCAAACGUUUCAAGGUGCCUUAAAAUUCCGAAAAUAAGCCCCUCCAUGUAUAAGCCACUCCAAAUAUAAGCCCCCCAAACCGAUAAAGCAAAAACCCUCUGUUAAAUCGCUCCUCCAAAUAUAAGCCCCCCGGGCGGCUUGUACUUGGAAAAUUGCCCUCAAAUACAAAGUAAAACAAAGCAAAAACGAUAAAUUUUCUUCCAACUGUAAGACUAGCCCUAUAGAUUUUGAAACGCAAAUUUCCCUCCUUAGAUAAACUCCUCCGGAUAUAAGCCCCUCCAAAAAUAAGGCCCACAAAAAGGGCCUUUGAAAUGAUAAGCCCCGGGGCUUAUUUUCGGAAUUUUACGGUAUUUCAAAUCUCACUAUUUCAGCUAAUCUUUACGAACUUCUGGGUCCCGAUAAAUCUCUUAACUGUGAAAACCGAGCCCCGAUUUUGCUUUAAAAUCCCGGAUCCUGAGGGUUAUUUUUGGCAUCCCGCCUCCAGCCCAUACUUUCAAUCCCGUGAUCCCGACCCAAAAUUUCGUGCAAUCCCGUAAUCCCGAGGGUUAUUUUUGGCAUCCUACCUCAUGGACAUACUUCCAAUCCCGAAUCCCGAAAAAAACAAUUGGGGACCCUCUCUAGAGGCAUUACAACACCUUACAACUUGCUUAUAUCUAAAAACGUUUCGAAGCGGUUGUGUGUGAAAGGCCAAGGCAACCUCCAAAACACGACAGUUAAUAAAAUGAGUACAAAAGUUCUUGUUUACUGAAACUCUUGGGCUAAAUUUCCAUUAAAUAACUGUAAAAUGUCAAAAGCUCUUAAAUUUAACCGUCAACCGUCAAAAUUGGAAAAAUAACCGUCAGCAGUCAAAGCUACCACCCCACUGAGACCUCAGAAGUAGCUGAAGAGCUGCUGACGUGGAAGGGUUCGGUUCCCAGUCUGUGUAGGUACCGAGGCACAGAUUACGCACAACAAAAGAAACAAUAUAGCCAAACAAUAAAGCCCUGAGGAGAACUCUAUUGUUUGGGUUCUUUGAUUCCUUUGUGAUGACGGUACCUGCAGAAAGACCCAGUGCAUGGUUCUGUCUCCCGAAAGUGUUUUGAAAAAUCGAAUAAAAAACCUUGGUAGUAGACACAGUCCACUCUUCUCUAGGCUCCUUCCUCCCAAGGUAGGUGUAAGACACUAAUUUAUUAUUUUACAGGCAUGCGCAAUACCUGUGUGAGACUGAACCAAGGGGCCAAGUGCAUCAAAAGAGGUUCACCCUGUCCAAGUGGUACUGAAGCGUGCUGUGAUAAGUUCUCCUGUUGGAGGAGAAACAGAAGAUGCUGCUGCCCGAAACCUGAAACGACGACUGAGCCGACGACUGAGCGAACGACUGAGCUGACGAUUAUGCCGACGACUGCGCCGAAAGGUAAAUUAAGGCCUGGUUCUAUAUAGUAAUGAUAAUUGAUAAUGUGUCUUUAUUGUUCAUUAGAUAAAAAUACGUAUCUAAUUAAAUUUACAAGAAAAACAAGAGAGAAUGAUUAAAAAGUUCAGAUGAAUACAGUAGAACAAGGAAGUAUAAAAAGAUUUAAAAUGUUAAAAAAAUAUACAUAUCACUAUACAUAGAAUUAUCAUAAAACAUCGUAUUUAAAAACUAAUCUAUUUACAUACGUAUUUUUUUAAACGUUCGGCAUUUACCUUGGGCCUAUGGUAGCCUGAGAUCAUGCCCUCUCCCUAUUAUCCCUUUAUGUCUUUUUUUUUUUCCCUCUCGAGCCAAAGAACCAAAAAAAAAAACGCCUGAUCUCAGGUUAGGCCUAUGGUAGCCUUUACGUCUUAGGUCGUACUUUUAGGUUAAAUCGAUCUUCUCUUGUGUUAUUAUCACUUGUGUUUCUUAAUAAGCUCAUUUUACAAGAAUCAAAGUUAAAGGUAUCUGAGAGGAAUAGCGAAUGGAAAAAUAAACCAAAAUAGGAAAACUGAAGAAACGAAUCUUCGUGGCGAUCAGUUGCCAUGGAUAUCAGCUGAUUUGCUGGGUGAAAUUUCGCACCGAAACAAAUUAUUCAAGCGCCACAAGCGACAUCCUGCCUCUACUUCUUGGGAUGAUUACAAACGGCAACGUAACAAGGUUACUUCGCUAAAGCGUAACGCUUUGAAAAUGCUCCGCUGUGACACUUGCUUGAGUGCUAAACAUCCGGGCGAAUUUUGGAGAAAAAUGAAGCCCCUUCUGGUAACUAGUUCUGGUAAAAACAUACAAGGCGUCAUCCUCGUUGACGGCAGUAGUGUUGUUUCCGACUCUAGGUGUGUAGCCGAAGUCUUUAGUGAUUACUUUACCAAUAAUAUUCAGGUAGAGCAUAGAUCUGACAAUGACUAGACUGACCAUCCUAGUAUUAAGGCAUUAAGCAACCGACGUUUCUCAAGCGAGUUUAAUUACUCCCUAGUUAGUACUUCAUAUGUCCGUAACCUUUUGGACUACCUUGAAUCCGAGAAAGACAGUUGGGGUAGAUGUCAUUUCACCACGACUCUUGCGUUUGGGAUCCUCAGUUCUUGCAGAAGGGGUGACUAAUUUGAUCAGUUUCUGUAUACUGAAUCGCUCUUUGCCGUCUGGAAACAAGACCGCCUCACUCCUGUCUUAAAACGGGGGAUUGACACAGACAAAGCAAACUACCGCCAUGUCUCAAUAUAAGGGAGCUUUAGCAAUGACGACGGCGACAGCAGAGAGAACGUCACAAAAGCAAAAGGUGCAAAAGGUUUGAUUAGCAAAACAACAACUUUGCACAUGCAUCACGCUUUUUUGUACAUUUCUUUGCGGUCACUGCAAGACUACGGCGUGAAAAUCCCUAAUUUCACCUUUUAUGGAGGACGUACUAUGACAAGCGACAACGAAUUUUUUUUCCCUUUCAAAACUUGAGUGUGGUCCCCAAGAAAUUAACUCCAGGGAAAUUCUCCUACAUUUGACAUUUUCAGGAAAUUGGAAUAAGCGCGACAAAAUUUGAAAAAGCGCGAAUUCAUUUCAAAAGUGACGUUUUCGCUGCCGUCGCCGUCGACAAUGCUAAAGCUUUCUAUUAACGUCGCUAUCGAAGGUGUUUGAGAAAGUUAUUUAUGACCAUAACGUUUUGUCCCCCAACUUAUCUGGAAUUAUGAAAACCCAUUCUUGCUGCACUGCACCGCUAAAAAUGACUGAAGAUUGGAGGAACAUUAUUGAUAGGAGGGAAGCUGUAGGGGCGCUCGCUGUAGACUUCAGCAAAGCGUUUGACGCAAGAAACCACCGCCUUCUGCCCGCGAAAUUGAAGACCUAA